AUGAUGCAAUCUCCUUGGAUAGAAAAUGGUAUUAAACGUUUUAUUUCUACUUUAAAAUCUAUCUAUCUAUCUAUCUAUCUAUCUAUCUAUCUAUCUAUCUAUCUAUCUAUCUAUCUAUCUUUAAAUCAAAUCAAAAUCUAUCUAUCUAUUUUUAAAUCAAAUUCAGUUAUUAGACCGUUAUCUAUCUAUCUAUCUAUCUAUCUAUCUAUCUAUCUAUCUAUCUAUCUAUCUAUGCCUUUUCAUAAUUUAUCUAAAUUGGGCACAAGAGUCUUCCUGCUGAUGCUAAAAAUGGAUAUCUAUCUAUCUAUCUAUCUAUCUAUCUAUCUACUGCCUGAUGAUCCCACAAAGGUAGAAAUCACGGUAGUAGAAAGUUCAUCUAUCUAUCUAUCUAUCUAUCUAUCUAUCUAUCUAUCCGUACCGGACUUCUUUCUUUCUAUUAAUCUGUCACAGACCUUUUUCUUUCUUUCUUUCUUUCUUUCUUUCUUUCUUUCUUUCUUUCUUUCUCUAUCUAUCUAUCUAUCUAUCUAUCUAUCUAUCUAUCUAUCUAUCUAUCAGUCCCAGGAUUCUUUCUUUCUAUCAAUCUGUCACAGACCUUUUUCUAUCUAUCUAUCUAUCUAUCUAUCUAUCUAUCUAUCUCUCUAUCUAUCUAUCUAUCAGUCCCAGGAUUCUUUCUUUUUAUCAAUCUGUCACAGACCUUUUUCUAUCUAUCUAUCUAUCUAUCUAUCUAUCUAUCUAUCUAUCUAUCAGUCCCAGGAUUCUUUCUUUCUAUCAAUCUGUCACAGACCUUUUUCUAUCUAUCUAUCUAUCUAUCUAUCUAUCUAUCUAUCUAUCUAUCAGUCCCAGGAUUCUUUCUUUCUAUCAAUCUGUCACAGACCUUUUUCUAUCUAUCUAUCUAUCUAUCUAUCUAUCUAUCUAUCUAUCAGUCCCAGGAUUCUUUCUUUCUAUCAAUCUGUCACAGACCUUUUUCUAUCUAUCUAUCUAUCUAUCUAUCUAUCUAUCUAUCUAUCUAUCUAUCUGUCCAAUCUUUGA